AUGGCCACUCCGAGCGCACAGCAGCAGCACCAGGAUUAUUUCAGAUCGGUGAGCAGCGAGUCAACCACAUACAUGAUGGUCCCGGCCGGCGGGCCGAGUGGGACGGGGCGCAGGGAAGCGCCGUCCAAGAUGUGGGUGGCGAUGGUGGUGAUUGUGGUCGUGGUGCUACAGAUUGCCUCCACCACAGGGCUCUUUGUCUACCUGAACAUGUCCAUAUCACAGGUGACAGAGAACAUCAUCUCAAAACAGACCUUCAUGGAAGCGAGAACCAUGCCUCGCAAUUUCAACAACUCGGGGUCAAAGUUCAUGACCUCGGUGGUCCAGAGGCCGUCUGCCCACUUGACCCUCAGAGACACCAGCUCUCAAGGGUUCCCACCAAUCCCAAUCCCAACGCCGGGUCUCCACCAGUCCUGUCGUCACGUGGUCCGCUCAUGGGCCAAUCAGAGCUUUGGAGCUCACCUGCACAACAUGACCCUGUCCAAUGGGAAGCUGCGAGUGCCUCAGGAUGGGCGGUACUACCUGUACUCACAGGUGUAUUUUCGUUACCCGUCCCCAGCAGCCAGUGAUGGAGACCAGCGCAGCGUCAGCCACCAACUGGUGCAAUGUGUCUACAAGAAAACCUCCUACCCGAGCCCCAUACAGCUCCUGAAGGGGGUGGGCACCAAAUGCUGGGCUCCAGAUGCCGAGUACGCCCUCCACUCCGUCUACCAGGGAGGACUGUUUGAACUUCGGGCCGGCGACGAACUCUUCGUUUCCGUCUCUUCGCCCACAAUGGUCAACGCAGACGAUUCCUCCAGCUACUUUGGUGCUUUUCGCCUGGACCUUUGA